CAGCGAGCGGACCGGCGCGGCGGCCGCGGCUCCAGCAUCCCUGCCCGCGCCCGCAGGAGCAGAGCCGGCGGCCACCGGCGCCCGAGCAGCGCGGCCCCGGCCCGUGCGCGCCCCGCCCGCCAAGAUGCAGCCCGUGUACGCGGAGGCGAAGCCCAACCCGCUGCAGGACGCGAACCUCUGCUCGCGCGUGUUCUUCUGGUGGCUCAAUCCCUUGUUUAAAAUUGGUCAUAAACAGAGAUUAGAAGAAGAUGAUAUGUACUCAGUGCUCCCUGAAGAUCGCUCCAAGCACCUAGGGGAAGAGCUGCAAGGGUUCUGGGACAAAGAAGUUUCAAGAGCCAAGAGUAGUGCACAGAAGCCUUCUUUAACAAAAGCAAUCAUAAAGUGUUACUGGAAGUCCUAUUUGAUUUUGGGAAUUGUCACGUUAAUUGAGGAAGGCACCAAAGUUAUUCAGCCUAUAUUUUUGGGAAAAAUUAUUAAUUAUUUUGAAAAUGAUCCCACGGAUCCUGUGGCUUUGCACACAGCUUAUGCCUAUGCCACGGUGCUGACCGUCUCCACGCUGUUUUUGGCCAUACUGCACCACUUAUAUUUUUAUCACGUUCAGUGUGCUGGGAUGAGGUUAAGAGUAGCCAUGUGCCAUAUGAUUUAUCAGAAGGCACUUUGUCUUAGUAACAUGGCCCUGGGGAAGACAACCACAGGCCAGAUUGUCAAUCUGUUGUCCAACGAUGUGAACAAGUUUGACCAGGUAACCAUCUUCUUACACUUUCUGUGGGCAGGACCACUGCAGGCCGUCGCAGUGACUGCUCUGCUCUGGAUGGAGAUAGGAAUAUCGUGUCUGGCCGGGAUGGCAGUUCUCAUCAUUCUGCUGCCUUUGCAAAGCUGUUUCGGGAAGUUGUUCUCGUCACUGCGGAGUAAAACUGCAACUUUCACGGACGCCAGGAUCAGGACCAUGAAUGAAGUUAUAACUGGCAUAAGAAUAAUCAAAAUGUAUGCUUGGGAAAAGUCAUUUGCAGACCUUAUUGCCAAUUUGAGAAGAAAGGAAAUUUCCAAGGUGCUGAGCAGUUCCUACCUCAGAGGGAUGAAUUUCGCAUCAUUUUUCAGCUCAAGCAAAAUUAUCGUGUUUGUGACCUUUACCUGCUACGUGCUCCUUGGCAACGUGAUCACAGCCAGCCGGGUGUUUGUGGCAUUGACGCUGUAUGGGGCUGUGCGGUUGACGGUCACCCUCUUCUUUCCCUCUGCCAUCGAGAGGGUGUCAGAGGCAAUCGUCAGCAUCCGAAGAAUCCAGGACUUUCUGUUACUUGAUGAGAUAUCACAGCGCAACCCUCAGCUGCUGUCAGAUGGUAAAAGGAUAGUGCACGUAGAAGAUUAUACUGCUUUUUGGGAUAAGGCGUCAGAAAGCCCCACCCUACGAGGCCUUUCUUUUACUGUCAGACCUGGGGAAUUGUUAGCCGUGGUUGGACCCGUGGGAGCAGGAAAGUCAUCGCUGUUAAGUGCCGUGCUUGGGGAGCUGCCGCCGAGCCAGGGGCUGGUCAGCGUGCAUGGAAAAAUCGCCUAUGUUUCUCAGCAGCCCUGGGUGUUUUCGGGAACUGUGAGGAGUAAUAUUUUAUUUGGGAAGAAAUAUGAAAAGGAACGCUAUGAAAAAGUAAUAAAGGCUUGUGCUUUGAAAAAGGAUUUACAGCUUUUGGAGGAUGGGGACCUGACUGUGAUAGGAGACAGGGGAACCACGCUGAGUGGAGGGCAGAAGGCACGUGUAAACCUAGCAAGAGCCGUGUAUCAAGACGCCGACAUCUACCUCCUGGACGAUCCUCUCAGCGCGGUUGAUGCGGAAGUUGGCAAGCACUUGUUCGAACUGUGUAUUUGUCAAACCUUGCAUGAGAAGGUCACAAUUCUAGUGACUCAUCAGUUGCAGUAUCUCAAAGCGGCAAGUCAGAUCCUGAUACUGAAAGAUGGUAAAACAGUGCAGAAGGGGACUUACACUGAGUUUCUGAAAUGUGGGGUCGACUUUGGUUCCCUUUUAAAGAAGGAAAACGAGGAUACUGAACAGCCUCCAGGUCCGGGAUCGCCCACGCUAAGGAAUCGGACCUUCUCAGAGUCUUCGAUUUGGUCUCAGCAGUCGUCUCGACCCUCACUGAAGGACAGUUCUCCAGAGAGCCAAGACAAUGAUGACGUACAGGUAACGCCGUCAGAAGAGAGUCGAUCUGAAGGAAAAGUUGGUUUUAAGGCGUAUAAGAAUUACUUCACAGCUGGCGCACACUGGAUUGUCAUCGUUUUCCUCAUUCUUAUAAAUGCUGCAGCUCACGUGGCGUAUGCUCUUCAGGACUGGUGGCUUUCUUACUGGGCAAACAAACAAAGUAUGCUGAAUGCCACUGUAAAUGGAAGAGCAAAUGUAACUGAGAAGCUAGAUCUUAACUGGUACUUAGGAAUUUAUUCAGGUUUAACUGUAGCUACUGUCCUGUUUGGCAUAGCAAGGUCUCUGUUGGCAUUCUACGUCCUUGUUAAUUCUUCACAAACGUUGCACAACAAAAUGUUUGAGUCCAUUCUGAAAGCUCCGGUAUUAUUCUUUGAUAGAAAUCCAAUAGGAAGAAUUUUAAAUCGCUUCUCCAAAGACAUUGGACAUUUGGACGAUCUGCUGCCCAUGACGUUUUUAGAUUUCAUCCAGACAUUUCUGCAAGUGGUUGUGGUGAUAGCUGUGGCUGUGGCUGUGAUUCCGUGGAUUGCGAUACCUUUGGUUCCGCUUGGCAUCAUUUUCAUUUAUCUCCGGCGAUAUUUCUUAGAAACAUCAAGAGAUGUCAAACGCCUGGAAUCCACAACACGGAGUCCGGUAUUUUCCCACUUGUCAUCUUCUCUCCAGGGGCUCUGGACCAUUCGGGCAUACAAAGCUGAAGAGAGGUUUCAGGAACUGUUUGAUGCACAUCAGGAUUUACAUUCGGAGGCUUGGUUCUUGUUUUUGACAACGUCCCGGUGGUUCGCCGUGCGUUUGGAUGCCAUCUGUGCCUUAUUUGUCAUCGUCGUUUCCUUUGGGACCCUGAUUCUGGCACAAUGUCGAGAAGGAUUCUCAGCAGGGAAGAACAUCGUCAUCACUACCACAUCAGCUUUGGAUGCUGGGCAGGUGGGCUUGGCAUUGUCCUACUCUCUCACCAUCAUGGGGAUGUUCCAGUGGUGCGUUAGACAGAGUGCCGAAGUUGAGAAUAUGAUGAUUUCUGUAGAAAGGGUGAUGGAAUAUACAAACCUUGAGAAAGAAGCACCUUGGGAAUACCAGAAACGCCCGCCGCCGGCCUGGCCCCAUGAAGGAGUGAUUAUCUUCGAUAAUGUUAACUUCAUGUACAGUUUAGACGGGCCCGUGGUCCUGAAGCACCUGACAGCACUCAUUAAAUCUCAGGAAAAGGUUGGCAUUGUGGGAAGAACAGGAGCUGGAAAAAGUUCCCUUAUUGCAGCCCUUUUUAGAUUGUCAGAACCUGAAGGUAAAAUUUGGAUUGAUAAGAUCUUGACAACUGAGAUUGGACUUCACGAUUUAAGGAAGAAAAUGUCAAUCAUUCCUCAGGAACCUGUUUUGUUUACUGGAACAAUGAGGAAAAACCUGGAUCCCUUUAAUGAGCACACAGAUGAGGAGCUGUGGAAUGCUUUAAAUGAGGUACAGCUUAAAGAAGCCAUUGAAGAUCUUCCUGGUAAAAUGGAUACUGAAUUAGCAGAAUCGGGAUCCAAUUUCAGUGUUGGACAGAGACAACUGGUGUGCCUUGCCAGGGCAAUUCUCAGGAAAAAUCGGAUAUUGAUUAUUGAUGAAGCGACAGCCAAUGUGGAUCCAAGAACUGAUGAGUUAAUACAAAAAAAAAUCCGGGAGAAGUUUGCCCAUUGCACCGUGCUAACCAUCGCACACAGACUGAACACCAUUAUUGACAGUGACAAGAUAAUGGUUUUGGAUUCAGGAAGACUGAAAGAAUAUGAUGAGCCAUAUGUUUUGCUGCAAAAUAAAGAGAGCCUAUUUUACAAGAUGGUGCAACAACUGGGCAAGGCAGAAGCCGCGGCCCUCACUGAAACAGCAAAACAGGUAUACUUCAGAAGGAAUUAUCCAGAUAUCGCCCAGACCAACCAUGUGGUAAUGAACACUUCCAAUGGACAGCCCUCAGCCUUCACUAUUUUUGAGACGGCACUGUGAUUCUACCAAGAUCACGCCUGUUCCGGAGGCAUUUUCUAAUAGUUUUUGCACUACGUAAACUGCAUUGUAAUUUUUAUACUCGAUCAACAAAUAUUUGUACAUAUAUGAUGUUAGUUCAUUUGGAUUUUCCCGCUGACUUCAUCCAAUGACAUCAAGCUCUAACAAAAUGGUUUAUUUUUAUUUAUAUGUUGUUGGUUUUUUUAAAAUCUAAAUCAGAGGUGCAGGCCACCAACAAAAGGUGUCUACCGGGUUUUGUGCCUUAAGAAACUCCAGAGCCAAAGCUCCUUUUUAAGGAAUAGGACAAAAUUGGCACAGGUUUGGGUUUGUGUGUGUGUGUGUUACUACCCUCAAAAUUACAUGUUAAUUUCCAGUGGUAUCAGGGAUUCUAUUUACUUGAAGACUGUGUGAAGUUGCCAUUUUGUCUCACCAUUUUCUUUUUCAUAAGUGGGAUCCAUUAUUUCCCCCAAAGGCCUCUAGUUAUUAUAAAAUAGUACAGAUAAAAUCAACAGGCAAAACAAAAAAUAUACUUUAGUUAAGUGACAUCAUAGUAGGGCGAAUCUCCCCCCCCCCACACACAUUCGUACCAAAAAUAUAUAUGGUUAAAGUGUAGAAGAACAAUAUUUUAUCAUAUGUUCUAAAAAAGAAAGAAGGAAUUAUAAUACUGUCUCAAAGUGGGAGGUAAUUUGAUACUGAAGGACACAAGUGUGACCAUCCCUCAUUUUUUAGAUUUUUGAGAUUCUGACAUGGUAACUGUGUUGCAGUUUUGGACUCAGCGUGGUGAUACUUUCCACAAAUGCCAAACCUCUAACUGUAAUUCCUGAAAUAUGUGGAAUUAUUCUUACUGGAGUUCUGGGCUACGGAAGGUUAACCCUCUAUAAACUGUAAGCCUUCGGUUUGGCCUUUAUUGACAUCCUUGCUAAAUUUUAUGGGCUUUCCUAACUUGGUGAGACAAA